AUGAGGCUCGUGCAAAUUGCGACGCUCCAAGUCAUCGCAGCCCAAUUCCGAAGCUUUUCUGGCUUCGGAAAUGCUGCCGAUCAAAGUCGACCAGAAGACCCUGGUGUUGUCCGAAUGGACUUGCCGCUUAAUCGAAGAUACAAAUAUGCAUUUACUGGCGCAGCGAACCCAAAGCUCAGGAUUCCUGAGGGAAUAACUGGUUCCUGUAACGAAGAAAUCGACCUGUCCUUCGUCAUCUCCGGGAAUGGGAAACUCGCAUCGCCGGGCUUCGAAGCCGGAUUUUAUCCAAACAAUACGGAUUGCUCCUACGUCGUCAAGGCUGGAAAUAGCUCUGUUCUCGAGCUUUCUUUUCUAUACAUGGACAUGGAACCCGGCCCACCCGCGUGCCCUUUCGACUUCCUCGAAGUCCUCGACAGUGACUCAUCAAAUAUCAUCGGCGGCAACCGAUUCUGCGGCCGCAAUACUCCGGGAAAAAUCAUAUCCAAAAGCGGCACUCUUCGACUUCGCUUCAAAACCGACGGUUCCGACACCGGAGUCGGCUUUGCUGUCCAAUACAAUGUUGAGCCGAUUGAGUUCAAGAAGAUUUUCAAUUGCAACUUUGAAGAUGGCUGGUGCGGGAUGGAGUAUUCGGCGAAUGAGGGAGAGGAGGAGGAGAAAUUGCAGUUUGCGCCGUUUGAUGCAAAUAGUCUUUCGUUAAUUAGCGGCAGAUCUGGCACUGUAAGAACAGGCGCGACAUUUGACCAUUCUUUGAAAUCCCCACGCGGUCAAUAUCUUCUCUACGAAAGCACCGGAACCAAACAAGGCGACAAAAGAACCAUCAAAACUCCCAUUAUCUCGAUCAGAACCAAACAGAAAGAAACCACCUUCUGCUUUACCUUCUGGGCGACAAUGAAAGGCGACAAAAUGGGAAAAGUCGAAGUCAAAGCUCUUUACUACGAUCGCCAAGGAAAUCCAAAAUCUUCAAAAGUUCUCGGCGAUGUGAACGGAGAGCAGAACGCAAAUUGCUGGGGACAGGGUUGCAAGAAAGGCGACGAUUGGACGUACCAGAGGUUCACCGGGCCGCUCUGGGAAGAAAAUGUCGCCAUUGAGAUGACAUUCAUUUCUGGGGGUCCUUCCUACUCAGACAUUGCCAUUGACGACAUCAUGAUGGACGGAAACGAUUGCCCGACCGAUUCAAACACCAAAUGUCGCUAUCCAGUCAAACCAUACAAGAAAUUCAACUACAAAGACAUUAUCACCGGAAAAUGGCGCUGCAAGAAUCCAAAAACCGACACGAACUUCAACAUGACAAACAUUAACCAGGAGUUUCCGCAAGGAACUGAAUGCAAACUCCGAUGCAACAAUUGGAGAGAAAUGGCUGAUCCAAUCGAACACGGGAAAAUUUACUGCGGACGGAGAGGAUGGCACAGCAUCAAAACAGGAGAAGCAAUCCUGAACGAAUUGCCAGCCGUCCCAGGAGAAAUGCCAAACGGAUCAAAGAAAAACCCCGAUGUUUUCAACUUGAUGCCAGUUUGCCGAAUUUCUCGAUGCGAUCUUCAAAUGAUGCCUCCCAACGCCGAGUUUUUCGCCUGCAAUCAUCCCGAAACACUCGACUAUUUGCCGCUCGAUUCCCUUUGCGAGCUGCGCUGCUUGCCGGGGUACAGAAGGGAUGGACCGCAGUUUUCGAAAUGCAGUCCGGGAGGAUACAUGGCCGGCAGAGCCACUUGCGUGAAAAUUGGAGAAGAUGAUUUCACCGAAGUCGAAAGAGCGAGACUCAUCCCCGACACGGUUCAGAAAGUGUUCUUUGAACCAAAAGAGCCGCAGCGAAUCAUCGGCGUUCCCUUCACCGGCGAAGCAAAAGCUCUGCCCGGUCGCCCUAAACAAACUACUCCAGCACCUCCAAAAAUCGCCACAACAAAGCCGACAACAAAGACAACAACGAAAGCACCAGUUCAAACAACAAAACAACCAGCUAUCACGACAAAAUCAACAACGACGACGAAAAUGUCCAUUCCACAAAAUGCCUUUGAGAAUAUUCUUCCGCAGCCAAAACAAACACCAGCACCAGUUGAGCUCGCAGCCCCGACUCCAGCUACCCAUGUUGGUCCACUAGAACAACUAGCCGUCAAUUCUCAGUCAACAAAAGCUACAACAAGGCCGACAAUGCCACCGAAAGCAACCGAAGCUCCUGAUUUUUUCAAACCAGAAGGCGAAGCAACAACCACAAAUCAGCCAACAACAACGAGUACAGAAAAGACCAAGAAGCCCAAGAAGGACAAAAAGAAGGAAGGUCCUUCAUCAUCAUCAUUCACUUACCUUAGCAGUGUUUUAUUAAUAAUUCUUCUCUUUUGA